CUGUUUUCACAUGUGGUGGUGUUCUUACUGGAGAGUCUGGAUUUAUUGGCAGCGAAGGUUUUCCUGGAGUGUACCCUCCAAAUAGCAAAUGCACUUGGAAAAUCACAGUUCCCAAGGGAAAAGUAGUAGUUCUCAAUUUCCGAUUCAUAGACCUCGAGAGUGACAACCUGUGCCGCUAUGACUUCGUGGAUGUGUACAAUGGCCACGGCAAUGGCCAGCGUAUUGGGCGCUUCUGUGGCACGUUCCGGCCUGGAGCCCUUGUGUCCAGUGGCAACAAGAUGAUGGUGCAGAUGAUUUCCGACGCCAACACUGCUGGGAAUGGUUUCAUGGCCAUGUUCUCUGCCGCUGAACCAAAUGAAAGAGGGGAUCAAUAUUGUGGAGGACGCCUUGAAAGACCUUCCGGCUCUUUUAAAACCCCCAACUGGCCAGACCGUGAUUACCCUGCAGGAGUCACUUGCUUAUGGCACAUUCUAGCCCCAAAGAAUCAGCUUAUAGAAUUAAAGUUUGAGAAGUUUGAUGUUGAGCGCGAUAACUACUGCCGAUAUGAUUAUGUGGCGGUGUUUAAUGGUGGAGAAGUCAACGACGCUAAAAGAAUUGGAAAGUAUUGUGGUGAUAGUCCACCCGUGCCAAUUGUAUCUGAAAGAAAUGAACUUCUCAUUCAGUUUUUCUCAGACUUAAGCUUAACUGCAGAUGGAUUUAUUGGUCACUACAAAUUCAGGCCAAAAAAAUUACCUACAACUACAGCACUGCCAAUGACCACCACAGUCACUGUAACUACAGGUUUAAAACCCACCAUGGCCAUGUGUCAACAAAAAUGUAGAUGGGCUGGUACUCUGGAAAGCAAUUACUGUUCAAGCAACUUUGUAUUUGCUGGUACUGUUAUCACAACCAUCACACGGGGUGGAAGCUUGCAUGCCACAAUCUCCCUCAUCAGCAUCUAUAAAGAGGGAAAUCUGGCAAUUCAACAGGCUGGCAAGAACAUGAGUGCCAAGGUCAUUGUGAUCUGCAAGCAGUGCCCUCUCCUCAGAAGAGGUCAAAAUUACAUUAUUAUGGGCCAAGUGGGUGAAGAUGGGCGAGGCAAAAUCAUGCCCAACAGCUUUGUCAUGAUGUUGAAGACCAAGAAUCAGAAGUUCCUGAAUGCCUUGGAAAAUAAGCAAUGUUAACAGUGAACUGUGUUCAUUUAAGCUUCAUUCUGUCAUUGCCUUUGAAAGAUCUAUUUUUCUCAGUAUAAAAACAAUCUUAUGACAUUAAAUAUUGAAUAUUCAGAAAGAUUGACUCUUCACAGAGGUAGGUGUGAUGGAAGUUCCAUGCCUGCAUCAAGAGAAGCAGAUAUUGUAGUGCAGUGACAGGAACCUAAUGGCAUUGAGUGGUGACUGUUGAAAGCAGUUAAUUUAUACAUGCCUGUAAAGGGGUAUUUUAGAAAUGAGUUUUGUGAAGAUGUAAAAGGAGAUUUUUAUAAGUGCAAUAUUUGCUUCAAGAUGUUAUAUUCUUCUCUUGCAUUUUUAAAUCGAUGCUUAAUAAAAUAUUUUUAAAUGAUUA